CGCUAAUCGUUUUGCGCACUAUUUUUUGGAGGGGUUAUAGGCUGGUCGGGCGUGGACGCUGCUUACUUCGCAGAACCGGCUCGCGCGGGCCUCCCAACCCAACAAGUCCAAACAAAGCGUUUUAAAUUUUCGAUACUCCGGUUUCCCAAGGUGCAGGUUUUUAAAGGCAGGCUUCACCAUGUUAUCACCAACAAUACGUAACUCCUGGUGAUCAGAUGCUGUAUUAAUUGUGGUGCGAACCAUGUAGCUAACUGAUUAGCUUAUUGUAUCGAGAAUUAAUCCUUCAUGAUGCCUGGCGAAUCAGUAGGCUAACACAGAUGGUAGGUGUAUCUGAUGCAAAUUGGCCAGCCUAUGGAUCAACUCAUUCUUUGGGCCAGAUAACUAGGCUUGUCCCAUUUAGAAUGUUACAGAGAGAUUUCGCGUGGCCGGUGGCCCGUGCGCAUUCCUACUCAACCCUUUUUCUCAUAGUUACUGUUUAUAUUCACCACCUUUUUCCUCUAUUUUUUUUUUUGGAUAUUUUUUUUUUCUUUAUCUGUUCAGAAAUCAAAAGGUCAUGUGCAGCCAGAGAAUCUGAAGAGAUCCAGGCCACCAUUCUAACAGCUGUCGCAUGUCCGGUCCCAUUUCAGAGUAUGAUUUGAAUCCCCUACGCAGGCUCCAGAUCAUCUCCAAUCCUUGCAGAGUCAGCGGCAGAUUCUACGUUCCUUAUACAAUCUCUUAUGCGGAAUUGGCGAACAUCUCCCCGCCUUCGAUCUUAAUCGCGCUUGUCUUAGCUGAUACCGAGAAAAUGGCUGAUGCCGAAGAUAUCCAACCUCUUGUCUGCGACAAUGGAACUGGAAUGGUCAAGGCUGGAUUUGCUGGUGAUGAUGCACCUAGGGCAGUAUUCCCCAGCAUUGUAGGCAGACCCCGCCAUACUGGUGUUAUGGUUGGGAUGGGCCAAAAGGAUGCAUAUGUUGGCGAUGAGGCACAGUCUAAAAGAGGUAUACUUACUCUGAAGUACCCCAUUGAGCAUGGAAUUGUUAGCAACUGGGAUGACAUGGAGAAGAUCUGGCAUCACACUUUCUACAAUGAGCUUCGUGUUGCUCCUGAGGAGCACCCGGUACUUCUCACAGAAGCCCCUCUCAACCCCAAGGCAAACAGAGAGAAAAUGACCCAAAUUAUGUUUGAGACUUUCAAUGUGCCUGCCAUGUAUGUUGCAAUUCAGGCAGUCCUAUCACUCUAUGCUAGCGGCCGCACAACUGGUAUUGUGCUUGAUUCUGGUGAUGGUGUGACGCAUACUGUUCCAAUCUAUGAAGGAUAUGCCCUACCUCAUGCUAUCCUUCGUUUGGAUCUUGCGGGUCGUGAUCUUACAGAUGCGCUGAUGAAGAUCCUUACAGAGAGAGGUUACUCCUUCACUACAACGGCAGAACGAGAAAUUGUAAGGGACAUGAAGGAGAAACUUGCCUAUGUUGCUCUUGAUUAUGAGCAAGAGCUGGAGACAGCCAGGAGUAGCUCUGCUGUGGAAAAGAGCUAUGAACUCCCUGAUGGGCAGGUGAUCACAAUUGGGGCUGAGAGAUUCAGGUGCCCUGAAGUCCUUUUCCAGCCAUCCUUGAUUGGCAUGGAAGCUGCUGGAAUUCACGAAACAACAUACAACUCCAUUAUGAAGUGUGAUGUGGAUAUCAGGAAGGACUUGUAUGGUAAUAUUGUUCUUAGUGGGGGAUCGACUAUGUUCCCAGGUAUUGCUGACCGCAUGAGCAAGGAGAUUACAGCCCUUGCCCCAAGCAGCAUGAAAAUUAAGGUGGUCGCCCCACCUGAACGGAAAUACAGUGUCUGGAUAGGAGGCUCGAUCCUUGCCUCCUUAAGCACUUUCCAGCAGAUGUGGAUUUCCAAGGGUGAGUAUGAUGAAUCUGGUCCAUCCAUUGUCCACAGGAAAUGCUUCUGAGCUUGGUUAUGGAGAGAUGGCCGACAAAGAAGGGAUGGAGAUGGAGUGAGUUGUCAUGCAGGAGGAAGGUGGAGUCGUGGAGGUUGAUGUGGAGGGAGAGGGCGAUGUCCAAGAUUUUAUGGAUGGGAUUGAAGGAGGAGGAUGAGGAAGAGAAAGGGAUGAGAACGGGCAAGAAGGAAUAUUAGUAAAAAAAGGGUUGAGGUGGAGAGAGAGCUACCAUGGAAGGAGAGGGUUCAUGGUUGAGCUUGAAAUAAGAGGAUGAAAAGAAGCGGAUGAGGAGAAAGGAGAGGGAAGGAGGAGAGGAGAGGGAAGGAGGUAGAGAGCUACCAUGAAGGGGGAGGGCACAUAGAUGGGCUUGGAGGAGGUUGAUAAGGAGAAGGGGGCAAGGAGGAAGAGGAGAAAGCGAAAGGAGGGGUCGCCGACGAGGAAAGAAACUGUGGAGAGGGAGAGCUCAUAGGUGGUCUUGGAGGAGGAUGAAGAGGAGAAGGGGGUUUUAAAGUCGAGAGAGUGUAAAGCGAUGCUUUAGUUGGGGGGAAUUGAGGUUUAGAAUGAGAAUCGGAAGGAUGAGUUCCAUGCCAGUCGCUUGGUUGGAGAUUGUUAUGUUCUAAUUUCGAUUUCGAUUUCAGGGUAAAAUGGAAAUGCCCCAAUCUAUCUAAAACUCAAUCCCUGCUCUCCCUUGUGAAUUCAAAUUUUCAUUCCUAUUCCAAUUUCAAUUUUGAACUAAAUGCUUCGGGAGAUUUGGUCAUUUCGAUUUUCAUUCCAAUCCAUUUCGAUUUUCAUUUUGAUUUCGAUUUCGAUUCCGGUCACAAACCAAAUACCUCCUAAGUAAAAAAUUAGACUAAAGUUUAGAGGA